AUGAGUUUUUCAUUGUAUGCGCAGCAAGCCGAGGAGCCUAGACUGAAGCCUACCUUCUGCCUUGAUCUCCUGGAAGCCAGCAUCGAAAUGGCGGUGGGGUGCGUGGGUGUGGUUGCAGGCGGGUUUGGCGUGUAUGAAAUUGCAGCGUUAUCCGUACAUGCACGAGCCUUCGUUGAGGAAGACCCCGCAUUCCUUGGUCUUGUAUCUGCAGUUGGGUUGCUGGUUCUUCUUGAGCUCAUGCGAGCCGUGUGCGAAUUUGCACUUCUUCUCGUAGGGGCAGAAGCCGAAUUCUAUGAAUUUUUUGCAAAGUUGCGACUUUUCCUUAUCCUUCCUUAUGGAAGGUUUCAACUGCGGGACCUGCUGCACAUAAACGAGAAAUUCAAACUGGAGCUCAGGGAAUCCCCAGAGAAGGGAGUCUUCAUCAAAGACGUCAAGAAAGUCCCCAUCACCACCGUCGCGGAAAUGAUGAAGUACCUCAAAAUCGGCAACCAGAACAGAACCACAGGCGAAACUCUCAUGAACACCGAAUCCUCACGCUCGCACUCCAUCUUCACCAUCUACGUCGAGUCCCUAGAAAAGGGACCAGAAAAUAUCGACAAACUGGUAGGGUCGAAGUUCAACUUGGUCGACCUGGCCGGCUCGGAGAGGCAGAGCAAGACGGGGUCGAUCGGGGACAGGUUUUUGGAGGCGACCAAGAUCAACUUGUCGCUGACUGCUCUGGGGAAGGUGAUUUCCGUGCUCGUGGAGGGAAAGGGGUCCUUCAUUCCCUACAGGGACUCCAAGCUGACGCGCCUGCUGCAGGACUCCUUGGGCGGAAACGCAAAGACAGUGAUGAUCGCCACUGUUUCCCCCUCCAGCUACAACUACGAGGAAACCAUCUCCACCCUAAAGUACGCAUCCCGGGCCAAAUACAUCACCAAUGUCCCCAUCAUCAACCUCGACCCAAAGGACGCCCUGCUCAAAGAGUAUGAAUCAGAGAUCCGCCGACUGAGGAGCGCGCUGGGAGAGAUCCAGAAGGAAGACCAGCCGAACCUGGACCUCCUGAUCGAGGAGAACCGCAGGAUCACCAAGGAGGCGGAGGAGGAGAAGAAGGAACUCAUCUCCAAGAUCCAGAAGCUGGAAGAGCAGUUCAUUUCCACGCCCUACGAGCUGCCCCAGAAGUACAAGGAGGAACGCAACAUCCGCGAGCAGAAGCUCAGCUUCAUGGAGAAGAACUACAAGAGCCUCGAAGAGGAGGUCAGCGAGAUGAAGGAACUCCUCAACGACCUCCGCAAGAAGUACAAGGCAGCCUCCAAGGAGAUUUUCCAAAUGGAGAGCGAGCACGAGAAGGAACGAUAG